AUGGCCUCCAAAAACUGUAGCUGCACGACUGUAAUCCUAAUACUUUUCAACGACCCGGACAAGGUCAGCAAACCGGGCAGCCAGGUGCGGUUCAUCGGGCUGGUGCUGCUCCCAUUGUUCGAAGCCCUCGGCGAACUGCUGCCGGAGUUGACCGAUCUGAUCAUCACCCCGGUUCGGGUGGCCUUGGAUUACUACAAGAAGCUGAACGACGUGGCGACCAGGGCGCGUCGCUCCAUUGCCGAGGCGGAGCAAUCGUCGGAGAACAACAGUACGGCUACGACGGGAACGACGGGAACCGCCACGGCCGGAACCGGAGUCAGCAGUGGAACGACUACGGGCGGAACGGGAACCGGAUCGGGACCGGGUACGGCAGGACUGGGAACCAGCUCAACCGGGUCGCCGCAGUUGCCACGGUCGCAGAGCGGCAUCAGCGUCAAGUCCAGACCCGAGCUGCACGACCUUCCGGAGGGCAGUGAGAGUGGAGACUCGGAGACGGCCACCGAAGUGGAUGUUGCGGAGAAAACGUCCCGCUUCAAGGUGGACACCGAGAGUAGCCACCGGAAGCAAUCGCACCCGAGUUCCCGCAAGGGGAGCCGCGAGAAGCGCCCGUCGAUGAUCGGCGAGUACUACACGACAGGUACGCGCAUUCGUGGCUCCCACGGCAACAUUCAGCAUACUAAUCGAACGUAUUUUGGUUCAAAUCGUGCCAUUAGCUUAGACCAGUACAGUAACAGCCGCCGAAUGUCCGACGGCAUCCAGAUACAGACGGUGGUGUCCGAUAACAGUGUUUACUAUCAUCAGCGGCAGCACCGUAGUCUGGAGCAUGAUUCCAUAGGCGGCGGUGGCGGUAUGUACUCUUCGUCGGACCGCAGCACCAGUCUGAACAGUAGCAAUGAGCAACAGCAGUUGCUGCAGCAAUUACAGCAGCACACGCAGCAACAACAGGGGCCAUUUCAAUCUAGUCACCAUGCGCAUUUUCACCAUCACCAUCACUACCAGCAGGCAGCGGCUGCUUUGCAUCAGCUGCGGGCCGUUCAAGACUGUGAGAACAUGAAUAUUAGCGUACCUUCGACGACGACGACGGCAACGGCUGCAGCGGCAACUUCGGGAAAGUUAUAUGCGAAUUUGAAUAACAACAACAACAGCAGUAACAAUAACAAAAAUAUCGGCAAGAAGAUGAACUGGUGUCAGCAACAGAAGCUGGAGAAGAUAAGGAACGCGAGUAACAACAAUAACAAUGGAGGAAGCGCAGGAGAAGAAGCAAGUAAUUACGGAACAAGCGGUUCAGCGGGGAAAGGUGCCAGCGCAGGAAUCAAUGGAACGAAUGGAACUGCGUCAAAAUCAAUCAUAUCAAGACUGAGACAGCUGACGGGAAGGCUGAGCUUUAAUUUUGACUCGAAGGAAUCGAAAAAGCUCCAGUCAACGGCUGGAGGUGAUGUAGUAGACGGAGGUGAAUCGCUCCAGAUGGAUGGAUCGGGAAAAGGAGGCAACGGUGGUUGUCUACAGAAGAAGUCUCGUCUGCUGGAAAAGUCGAAGACUGUUGAUGUUGGGGGUUCGGUUGCGAUCUGUGGUGGAGGUGAAGGAUUGGGAGAGUACUGCUGUGCCGCCGGUGUAAUACUGAAUCAACCAAAAUCAAUAUCGCCUAUUCUUAUGCAACACCGGAACAGUGAUAUUAUAAGCUCGAUCAACACGGCGCGGAACCGAGCCUACAGCUUGGACGUACCGAUCGGUCGCAACUGUUGCCGGAGUUUGAGUGGUAGUACGGCCGGAGGAGGAGGUUCCAGUUGUGGAGGAAGUCAUAAGAGUUUGACGUUUUCGUUGAACAAAUCACUGAACGAGGAAGCGAACGAUACGACGAUAAGCUCUGGUGGCGCUGGUGGUUUACGCCAGCCACCGUUAGAUGACGCUACCAAAAGUGGUGGCAGCAUAAGCGAAACCAUUUGACAACACCCUUACGAACCAUCACUGCAGGGCAUCCUGCUGGCUUCGAGCUCACUUCAGACGGAUUCUCCAACACCACCGCCAUCGUCCAGGCAGUCUCAUCAGUUGCUACCAGCGAGCAGCAGCUCCGGCGGAAGUAACCCACAGCCACCACUUCUGCAGUACAAUCGAAGACAAUCUUCGCAGGACGGUUCAGGACCGGGUGGUGCAGCUGGAUGUCAACGGGCUCCCUACGCCGAAUCGGAGUCGAUUUCAUCCAAACACACUUCGGUAUUAGUCAGCUAUUGGGCUUGUCUAACGGAACGGAUGAGCUCACUGAUCUGCAAGUGCUGCGAGCGUACACUGCCCCCGGCGGAGAGCGUCUGAAAUCAGGGGCACUGAGGGGCGGUCGAAGCAGCUGGAGAGGGGUGCAGUGCUGUGAAUGGUUCGGGCGAGAAUGGGACCUUCCUCGAAGUAGGUUAUGUUCGAUAAAAUUAGCUUGAAAAUUUCGAUUGCAGCGCUCCUGCAAUUUUUAUAGAUUAGAGAAUAUACUAACUAAGCAAAUUGACCAAAAAAAAGACAAGUUCAAAAAGUGUUUGAACCACAAUAAGGACGCGAGAAAUCAAUUGAAAUACUCAGUCAGUUUGGAACCAUCUUAAGCCAAUCACAUUUCGAAUGUUAAUCCGACAAAAAGCGAACAUAUCACUUUCUACUGUUCUAAUGACAACAAACACAUACAUUUAGCCAAAACGAAACGUCAAUCCGAAUUUAUGCACCUGUUUGACUCAUUCGUCGGUCCCACUAAAGCACUGAAACAAAGAUAGAACUCUGACUAUACGAUAUAGGCAUUACGGUGCAUGACGACAACUUAAGGCCCCGUAUUUCUCCAUUAGUGCACGAAAUCUAAACUUUUGAGCGAUCCAAUGACAAAACACAACCUCCUGGCUUUCGGUUCUACCGUUCGAAUAAAAGUACCUUAUAACGUGUUUAUA